AUGGGGUUGAGCUGGGCCUCCAAUGCUACUCCAGACAUCAGUUUGGUGGCAGCGGCAGCAGCAGCUGUGAACAACCAUCCCAACUCCUCUGGCACCUUGCUCGCCUUGCCUCCCCCUUCAUCGUCCUGCAGCAUCGACGAGUCCUACAAGUACGUCUUCCUGCCAGUGUGCUACUCGCUCACCUUCCUCUUCAGCCUGACCCUGAACUCGGUGGUGCUUUUGCGGUCUUGUCGACAUCAGGGCGGCUGCUGUGGCGGCGCGCGGCGUUGGAACACUUCACUGAUCUACAUGGUGAACCUGGCCACCACAGACCUGAUGUACGGACUGUCCUUGCCCUUUCUGGUGGCCAGCUAUGUGCUGAGGGACCGCUGGGUGUUUGGGGACUUCAUGUGCCGCCUGGUCCGCUUCCUGUUCUACUUUAACCUCUACUGCUCCAUCUUCUUCCUCACCUGCAUCUCUGUACACAGGUACCUAGGGAUCUGCCACCCAAUGAGGACCAUCACCCUGGAGAGUAAGCGGGUGGUGAAGGCGACCUGUGCACUAGUGUGGGUGGUGGUGUUCAUACUCACCUGCCCCAUCUUCAGGUUUGCCCAGACAGGAUACAUUACACGAGGAGGUGGUGGAGUCGUUGGUCCUGGUGGAUCGAAAGUGAGCAGAAACAGGACUGGGUCCUCAGGUGAGGAGGGGUACAUGAAUUGCUGGGACGAUGCCAUUGAUAAAGAGUUUGCAGACUAUGUUCCAUAUGGCAUCAUCCUCCACCUGUUGGGCUUUUUCGUUCCGUUUGUCAUCAUCGCUUGGUGCUACUCGCAAGUGGUCAGGACGAUAUUUCAGACCUUGCGCUCGCCUCCCAGCUCUGUAGAGGGAGGUGAGGAUGGUCCAGUGGGUGAUGGUACGACAGAGGGAGUCAGAGAACGAGAAAGAACCUCAGUGUCCAUCUGCGGAUCACAGUACUCACACUACAUCCGGAGACGUCGGAAAUCCAUCAAGACCAUAGUAACCAUCACACUGUUGUUUGCCCUUUGCUUCCUUCCCUUCCACGUGACCCGGACGGUCUUCCUCCUCCUGCGACGGGGGCAGCUCGGAGGCUGUAAUGCCAUGAAAACCGUUUCCAUCUGCUACAAAGUCACCAGGCCUCUAGCCUCCUGCAACGCCUGGCUCAAUGCUCUCCUAUACUUCCUAACAGGUGAUAAGGGCGCCCCAUGCUGCUCAGCUGAACCAACUGUUCGCAGAGACCGACGGAGUGGCUCCCUCUGGUGGCCACUGAAGAUCCUCAAGAAGGAGGGAGCUGGAGAGGAUGACAAUGAGGUGGUCGAAAAGAUCGAAAGGGAAGUACACAUUGAAAACGAGUCCAAAUCUUCAAGAGUCAUCUUCUAA